AUGGACAACAACAAUUUAUCUGGUGAGCUGCCAAGUUCUAUGGGUUCUCUAAGAUUCCUUGGAUUCCUGAUGAUAAGCAACAAUCAUCUUUCUGGCCAACUUCCUUCAGCUUUGCAGAAUUGCUCAGGUAUUCAUACUCUUGAUCUUGGAGGCAACAGAUUUUCAGGAAAUGUUCCAGCAUGGAUAGGAGAAAGGAUGCCUAACUUGCUUAUUCUACGCUUACGAUCAAAUUUGUUCCAUGGGAGUUUUCCAUCACAAUUGUGCACUCUUUCUGCACUCCACAUACUGGAUCUUGGAGAAAAUAAUCUAUUGGGUUUCAUUCCCUCUUGUGUGGGGAAUUUGAGUGGCAUGGCCUCUGAAAUCGACUCUCAACGAUAUGAGGGCGAGUUGAUGGUAUUGAGGAAAGGAAGAGAAGACUUGUACAAUAGUAUUCUUUAUCUGGUUAAUAGUAUGGACUUGUCACACAACAACCUAUCUGGAGAGGUGCCUGAAGGAGUAACCAAUCUUACAAGACUUGGCACCUUGAACUUGUCCGUAAACCAUUUGACAGGAAAAAUACCAGACAAUAUUGGGAGCUUACAGGGGUUAGAAACACUUGACCUCUCAAGGAACCAGCUUUCAGGCGUAAUCCCCUCAGGUAUGGCUUCUUUGACUUCCUUGAAUCACUUGAACCUGUCGUAUAACAACCUGUCAGGUAGAAUUCCAACAGGCAACCAGUUGCAAACCUUGGACGAUCCAUCCAUAUAUGAGAAUAACCCUGCACUCUGUGGACCUCCAACAACAGCCAAGUGCCCUGGUGAUGAAGAGCCGCCUAAACCACGCAGUGGGGACAACGAAGAGGCUGAGAAUGAGAACCGAGAUGGCUUUGAAAUUAAGUGGUUCUACGUGAGCAUGGGGCCAGGGUUUGCGGUGGGAUUUUGGGGAGUUUGUGGCACCUUAAUAGUAAAAAAUUCGUGGAGGCAUGCUUAUUUUAGGCUUGUGUAUGAUGUGAAAGAAUGGCUGCUCAUGGUUAUCUCACUGAAUGUAGCUCGUCUGCGGAGGAAACUGAAUCUGGGUAGUGUUUGAAUAACUUUCAGCAGUUUCUUGAAAGAAAUGGAGGCUCGUAUGCAAUGGUGUUUGGCUUCGUUUACAUUCUUGUAAUAUAAUAAAGUAUUGAAUCCAAGCUUUUCCAAUA